AUGUGUUUGGUGGUGUGUUGUGGAUGGGUGGUGUGUUGUGGAUGGGUGGUGUGUUGUGGAUGGGUGGUGUGUUGUGGAUGGGUGGUGUGUUCUCGAUGGGUGGUGUGUUGUGGAUGGGUGGUGUGUUGUGGAUGGGUGGUGUGUUGUGGAUGGGUGGUGUGUUGUGGAUGGGUGGUGUGUUCUCGAUGGGUGGUGUGUUGUGGAUGGGUGGUGUGUUCUGGAUGGGUGGUGUGUUCUGGAUGGGUGGUGUGUUGUGGAUGGGUGGUGUGUUCUGGAUGGGUGGUGUUUUCUGGAUGGGUGGUGUUUUCUGGAUGGGUGGUGUGUUGUGGAUGGGUGGUGUGUUGUGGAUGGAUGGUGUGUUGUGGAUGGGUGGUGUGUUGUGGAUGGGUGGUGUGUUCUGGAUGGGUGGUGUGUUCUGGAUGGGUGGUGUGUUCUGGAUGGGUGGUGUGUUCUGGAUGGGUGGUGUGUUCUGGAUGGGUGGUGUGUUCUGGAUGGGUGGUGUGUUCUGGAUGGGUGGUGUGUUCUGGAUGGGUGGUGGGUUCUGGAUGGGUGGUGCGUUCUGGAUGGGUGGUGCGUUCUGGAUGGGUGGUGCGUUCUGGAUGGGUGGUGCGUUCUGGAUGGGUGGUGCGUUCUGGAUGGGUGGUGCGUUCUGGAUGGGUGGUGCGUUCUGGAUGGGUGGUGCGUUCUGGAUGGGUGGUGCGUUCUGGAUGGGUGGUGCGUUCUGGAUGGGUGGUGCGUUCUGGAUGGGUGGUGUGUUCUGGAUGGGUGGUGUGUUCUGGAUGGGUGGUGUGUUCUGGAUGGGUGGUGUGUUCUGGAUGGGUGGUGUGUUCUGGAUGGGUGGUGUGUUCUGGAUGGGUGGUGUGUUCUGGAUGGGUGGUGUGUUCUGGAUGGGUGGUGUGUUCUGGAUGGGUGGUGUGUUCUGGAUGGGUGGUGUGUUCUGGAUGGGCGGUGUGUUCUGGAUGGGCGGUGUGUUCUGGAUGGGCGGUGUGUUCUGGAUGGGCGGUGUGUUGCGGAUGGGCGGUGUGUUCUGGAUGGGCGGUGUGUUGCGGAUGGGCGGUGUGUUGCGGAUGGGCGGUGUGUUGCGGAUGGGCGGUGUGUUGCGGAUGGGCGGUGUGUUGCGGAUGGGCGGUGUGUUGCGGAUGGGCGGUGUGUUGCGGAUGGGCGGUGUGUUGCGGAUGGGCGGUGUGUUGCGGAUGGGCGGUGUGUUGCGGAUGGGCGGUGUGUUGCGGAUGGGCGGUGUGUUGCGGAUGGGCGGUGUGUUCUGGAUGGGCGGUGUGUUGUGGAUGGGUGGUGUGUUGUGGAUGGGCGGUGUGUUCUGGAUGGGUGGUGUGUUGUGGAUGGGCGGUGUGUUCUGGAUGGGCGGUGUGUUCUGGAUGGGUGGUGUGUUCUAGAUGGGUGGUGUGUUCUGGAUGGGCGGUGUGUUCUGGAUGGGUGGUGUGUUGUGGAUGGGCGGUGUGUUCUGGAUGGGUGGUGUGUUCUGGAUGGGUGGUGUGUUGUGGAUGGGCGGUGUGUUCUGGAUGGGUGGUGUGUUGUGGAUGGGUGGUGUGUUCUGGAUGGGCGGUGUGUUCUGGAUGGGCGGUGUGUUCUGGAUGGGCGGUGUGUUGUGGAUGGGUGGUGUGUUCUGGAUGGGUGGUGUGUUCUGGAUGGGUGGCGCUGGCAGAUGUUGCUGGGUCCGACGGCUGGUCUGCUGGAUCGCUUGCCUGCGAGCUCGCUGGCGGGACGGUCGCCGAGGCAGGUGACGGGCGGCAGCGCGACAGGAUGGGCAACGGGCUGCACCAGCAGAUAUCGUAUGGGCGGUUGGCUGCUGUAGCGGGUAGUGCGCGGACGAUGGGAUGCCGCAACAGUUAG